CUUGUGAAUGAGACGCUCAGUUUCUCAAUGGAGCCGCGGGGGGCUCGGGCGGCCGCAGGGCGGCCGCAGCGUUGGCCUUGAGCCCGGAGGGGCGCGCGUUUCUCUCGCUCCCUCCCCGCUCCCUCCCUCUGGCUGCGGCCGCCCGCGAGUCGCAGGGCCAGCGCCCGCGAGGACGGCCCGGCUGGGCGGCCCCGAGCGCCGCGGCGCCGUGGAGGAGCGGGAGCGCGGCCGCGGAAGCCGGACGCCGACGGGGCCGGCGGCCUUCGGGAAGCUUCCGCCGACCCUUCGCUCCCGGCUCUCAAGGUUCCUGAUUUCCGAGUUCCUUUUAGAUCCCGGGCGGCGGUUAGCGCUUCGCCUGCACUUUUUCUCCCCGCGGAGAUAGGGAGGCGCGUGAGGAGAGGAGCGAGUAGCAUAAAGAAGGAUUUCCUCCCGGAAGACAGAGGCGAUUCGGGGAGGUUUUUCUCAGGGGAGCUGAAGCGGCGUCUGCGGCCGCCGCGGGCGCCGGGCCCCACCGGCCGCACCAUGCGCGAGCCGGCCCCGGGCUGCUGAGGCGCGCGGACGCGGAAGCGGAGGUCGAGCGCGCCGGGCUCCCGCGCUCACGAGCGAGUCCCGUCCGCCGGGCGGCGGCGGCAGUGGCGGCGGCGGCGGCGGGGGAAUGGAGCCCGCGACCGCGCCCCGGUCCGACAUGGCGCCGGAGCUGACCCCGGAGGAGGAGCAGGCUACCAAGCAGUUUCUCGAAGAGAUUAACAAGUGGACAGUUCAGUACAAUGUCUCCCCGCUGUCUUGGAACGUGGCUGUCAAGUUCCUCAUGGCCAGGAAGUUUGAUGUGCUCCGUGCCGUAGAAUUGUUCCACUCCUACAGAGAAACUCGAAGGAAGGAAGGCAUUGUGAAGCUGAAGCCUCAUGAGGAACCUCUUCGUUCCGAGAUCCUCAGUGGAAAAUUCACCAUCUUAAAUGUUCGGGACCCAACAGGAGCCUCCAUUGCCCUCUUUACUGCCAGGUUGCAUCAUCCCCACAAGUCAGUCCAACAUGUGGUACUUCAGGCUCUGUUUUACUUGCUAGACAGAGCUGUGGAUAGCUUUGAAACUCAGAGGAAUGGACUGGUGUUUAUCUAUGACAUGUGUGGUUCUAAUUAUGCCAACUUUGAGCUGGAUCUUGGCAAGAAAGUCCUAAACCUGCUGAAGGGAGCCUUUCCAGCUCGUUUGAAGAAGGUGCUGAUUGUGGGGGCACCCAUAUGGUUCCGAGUGCCCUAUUCCAUCAUCAGCCUCCUCCUGAAGGACAAAGUCCGGGAGAGGAUUCAGAUAUUAAAGACAUCUGAGGUCACACAGCACCUGCCCAGGGAGUGUCUUCCGGAAAACCUGGGUGGGUACGUCAAAAUUGAUCUCGCCACUUGGAAUUUCCAGUUCCUACCCCAGGUGAAUGGCCACCCAGAUCCCUUCGAUGAGAUCAUCCUGUUCUCACUCCCUCCUGCCUUAGACUGGGACUCGGUACAUGUUCCAGGUCCCCAUGCUAUGACUAUCCAAGAGCUGGUGGACUAUGUUAACGCCAGGCAAAAGCAAGGAAUCUAUGAGGAAUACGAAGACAUUCGUCGUGAGAACCCCGUUGGCACUUUCCACUGUUCCAUGUCUCCAGGAAACCUAGAGAAGAAUCGUUAUGGGGAUGUGCCCUGCCUGGACCAAACUAGAGUGAAGCUAACAAAGCGAAGUGGCCAUACUCAGACAGAUUACAUCAAUGCCAGUUUCAUGGAUGGCUACAAGCAGAAGAAUGCUUACAUUGGCACGCAAGGUCCUUUGGAAAAUACGUAUCGUGAUUUCUGGCUCAUGGUAUGGGAGCAAAAAGUCUUGGUGAUUGUCAUGACCACCCGCUUUGAGGAAGGCGGCAGGAGAAAGUGUGGCCAGUACUGGCCUUUAGAAAAAGACUCUCGGAUCCGAUUUGGCUUCCUCACAGUGACCAAUCUAGGCGUGGAGAACAUGAAUCAUUAUAAGAAAACAACGCUAGAAAUUCACAACACAGAGGAGCGGCAGAAACGGCAGGUGACCCACUUCCAGUUCUUGAGCUGGCCAGACUAUGGUGUCCCUUCCUCAGCAGCUUCCCUCAUUGACUUCUUGAGAGUGGUCAGAAACCAGCAGAGUCUGGCUGUGAGCAACAUGGGAGCACGCUCCAAAGGGCAGUGCCCUGAGCCGCCCAUUGUGGUCCACUGCAGUGCAGGCAUUGGCAGGACAGGUACCUUCUGCUCACUGGACAUCUGCCUGGCACAGCUGGAGGAGCUUGGCACCCUUAAUGUGUUCCAGACGGUGUCACGCAUGAGGACCCAGAGGGCCUUCAGCAUCCAGACCCCUGAGCAGUACUAUUUUUGCUACAAGGCCAUCCUGGAGUUCGCAGAGAAGGAGGGCAUGGUAUCCUCUGGCCAAAACCUUCUGGCCAUGGAGGGUCAGUAACUCUUCCACGAACCUCCUACCUGCUGGCCAGCCUUCCUUAAACUACCCUGGACACACCGCUGAGCCUAUAGGUUGCCAUCAGUUACGCUGAAGCCAUGGAUCAACUUCUUUCUCGUGUCUCCCGGCACAUGUGCACGCAAGGCAGCCUUUCCCUUUGGCUAGAUAAAUGUGGUGAAGUUGCCACUAGAAAGGGCCAGCAGCAAUGUGUUCUUAAUUCCUAGCACCUGCUAUCAAACUGUGCCUUAUUAAAACCAAAUUGUGGCUAUUGAUUUUUUCCAGGGUCCCCGAGGUAAGUGGGGAAGGAACAUCCCUCCCCCUUUCUCCCGCCAUUCUCUUUCCGGAGGUCUCCUGUCUCCCACUCCUUCCGUUUGCUAGGAUUUUAUGGGGAGGUUUGAUGAGCAUUUGCCUUUCUCCCCAGAGAGCUUGACCAAGUUACAUAUUCUAGAGAUCGUCCUGAGUGCCAAGCACGUUUAUAAGUAGGGCGUGUAUUCCAGUCCUUUCUGUCAUUCUCUGUGUGCGUGUGUGUGUGUAUGCACUUAAGUGUAUGGGUCCAUAUGUAUGUGUGUAUAUAAUAUAUAUUGUAUGUGAUAAUAUGAUCGUAUUCUAUAAAUAUAUAUACACACACAGAUACUCCUUUGUAGAAGUUCCUGGGGCUCCGUGUUGCAGUUCAGGACUCCUUGCUUCUUGGACCCUAUUUAUCCUGGACUACUUGGGUUGGUGGUCAUGUCUCCUGUUGUCAGGCUACAGAGUGGUGGAAGAGGACACACACACACAUCUCCUCCAUGUUCCCGCCACAGGGCCUCAUCCUUAAGUAAUGACUUAUCUCCCUCCAGUUGCUACCUGUUAGAGCCAAGAAUAUUAGUUUGUGGUGACACUGGGUUAACUCUGCAUGCAUUUCCCUUAUCUGAUGAUUUUUCUCUGCUUACUUGGCCAAUUUGGAGAACAGACCUCCACUGUGAUUCCAUACUCUCUCUUUGCUCUCACUGUCCCAGGGAUGGGAGGUGGAGGGCAGAGAUGAACUCACUGAGCAGCCGGAGCCAAACGCAAUCGGUACGAAGUCUUAAAAGGAAGGAGAGGAGCCCAAGUGUGAGAGAAAAACCUACUAAGAAAAUACCUCCCUGGAAGGAUUAGCUGGGGCUUUUUUUUUUGCUGGAUGGUUCCUUUAUGCAGCUUGGCCCUGUCUACUGAGAUGCCCGCUAGCCUGCUAGACUAGGCAUCAAACUGGGUAGGUUCUGUGUCAAUAAAAAGCUUUACCCCCUGGCUGGGUGAGGUGGUCCCUGCAAUUACUGUUUGUCCCCUACCUACCCAACCUGUCCCUGCCUGCUCCCAGCCCACUCAUCCUCAUGUGCUAGGGAUGAUUAAGAGUCCCCAGUACUCUGCAUUCCCAAGAAAAUCCCAGGAACUCCUAAGGCUUCCCCUGUCACAGAAGAUGAGGUUGGCAGCUGAUCAGACCUCAAUAAUUUUAUAUUGUAAUAAGCUCUUUGAAUGUGUAUAUUCUUAUUUUUUACAAUCAUUUCAUUUUGUAUUUAAUAUCAAUGGACUGAGUCAGAUUCAGAAAAUAAUUGUAAUGUUCAUAUUCAAUAUCUUACAGUGAUACAGUUUUGUAUUUACAUAUAAAUAUACCGACAUGAUCAAAA